AUGUCUGUGGACACAUCUAGUUCAUCAUUACCGUCCCGGAUAGCAUCGCUGGUUCAUGCACAUUUCGAUGCUCUGCCAACACGCACUGUCAAAGGAGAAAACACACAUUCUGAAAGUCUGACCUGCAUAUCUGUCACGAGUGGCGCAAAAUGCUUGUCAGCAUCUCACAUCCCACGCUGUAGGGGUCUUGUACUACAUGACUGUCACGCCGAGAUAUUGGCCAUCCGAGCAUUCAAUUAUUGGCUCUUGACAGAAUGCAACAGUGUCCUAUUUCGGGAGAAGCAAUUACCGAAUGGCCAUGAUACUUGUACCCUCGAUAAUGAGAAAAUCUCAGAUUCCCCAUUUAUACAAAGGAGAGAGAUUGAAGAGGAUGAAGAUAAUACUAGUACACCGCCCACAGAAUGGCCGCCUUUUAAGCUUCGGCCUGAUAUCAAGAUUUACAUGUAUUGCACAUGUGCUCCCUGCGGCGAUGCGAGCAUGGAGCUCUGCAUGGCAGCUCAAGAAGACGCUACACCGUGGGAGAUUUCACAGCAAGAAGCCUCUUUGUCAGAAAUCCAAGACGCAGAGCUCCCAGAUACAGAGACCCUUCUAGAUGGCCGGGCCCAUUUCUCUCUUCUCGGGGUCGUACGUCGAAAGCCAGCACGAAUGGACGCCGAGUCCACACGCAGCAAGUCCUGCUCAGACAAGCUUGCAUUACGGCAGGUUUCCUCCUUGCUGUCCUGUGAGACCAGUCGCCUCAUUGCUCCUACAGAAAACGCCUAUCUAGCAGGUCUGAUUCUUCCUGAGGACGAAAUAAGCCAAGUUGGCUGUGCCCGUUCCUUUGGCGAGAAUGGCCGAAUGCAGCCUUUGGGUGGGCGAUAUUGGCCUAGAGGGGCAAAUUUCAAAGAAAGCACACCAGGAUAUCGAUUCCGGCCAUUCCAGGUUCUUUCGGUGCCGAGUGAAGAGGUGACAGCACUUUGGCGUUUCGCUAAGCCCAAAUCCGGGCCUCUUCCUGCAGCUUCUGUGGAGCAGCAAGGAGACCCUUCGAGCCCCGGUACAAAUGUUAGGAAGACCAGGCCAGGGAAUGUGAGCGCCAUUUGGGUAUUGGCUCCCUCGUAUCAUCACCCAUUGGUAAUGACCAUGGAUACCGGCAGCAAGUCAGUGCCAACUCUUUGCCGUUCCAAGACUGGUUUGUAUGAGACUAUCAUCAACGGUGUGAAGCAAGGAAACCGGGCAUCCUCACCUGGUGCCCGUGGAGCCUCUUCUCUAUCCCGAGCCAAGCUUUGGUCUCUAUUUCGCGAAAUUGGGCCUACAUCCGUUCCACGCACCUAUACAACUGAUGUCUCCCCAGCCGGACCGUUAUUGGGGACUGAAGAUUCUCAUAUCAAGGCAGUUCAACAACACAUGCCAGAUAUAACCACCUACCAGGAUUUCAAAAAUCCUACCAGAUUAGGAGACCCGUUGCAAAUCCGUAUGCAGGCCAUCAGGGAUGCGAAAGUGGUUCUCAAGGGAUGGAUUCCUAAUGCAGGAGAUGAAUCUUGGGGCUUGGAUGUUUUGGUUGACCCCAAAAAGCGAAAGCGUUGA